UUUCCAACUUGCCUUUUCACUGGAGCGGCCGGUGUGAACAGAUACUGUAGUGAACACCACGUAACUCAUAUACCAAGAAGAGACGUCAAGAUGCCUCCAAAAAAGACAGAAGCCCCCAAACCACCUCCCUUAAUUGGAAGAUUUGGAACAUCUUUAAAAAUUGGAAUUGUGGGAUUGCCUAAUGUUGGAAAAUCAACAUUUUUUAAUGUGCUGACCAAAAGCCAAGCGGCUGCAGAAAACUUCCCAUUCUGCACAAUUGACCCGAAUGAGAGCAGGGUGCCUGUUCCUGAUGAGCGCUAUGAUUUCCUUUGUCAAUACCACAAGCCAGCCAGCAAGGUUCCUGCUUUCCUCAAUGUUGUGGACAUUGCUGGUCUGGUGAAGGGAGCUCAUUCGGGACAAGGACUAGGAAACGCAUUCCUCUCCCACAUCAGUGCCUGUGAUGGUAUCUUCCAUAUGACUCGUGCAUUCGAUGAUGAGGAUAUUGUCCACGUAGAGGGCAACGUGGACCCAGUGAGGGACAUUGAGAUCAUCCAUGAGGAACUACGGCUUAAGGACGAGGAAAUGAUGGCUCCAAUCAUUGACAAACUGGAGAAAACUGCUGUCAGAGGAGGAGACAAAAAACUCAAACCGGAAUAUGAUAUCAUAUUGAAGAUAAAGAACUGGGUGGUGGAUGAGAAAAAGCACAUUAGAUUUUACAAUGACUGGAACGACAAAGAGAUUGAAGUAUUGAACAAAUACCUGUUCCUAACAUCAAAGCCCAUGAUCUACCUGGUUAAUCUCUCAGAGAAGGAUUACAUCAGAAAAAAGAACAAAUGGUUGGUAAAAAUCAAAGAGUGGGUAGAUGCAAAUGAUCCUGGUGCGCUGGUCAUCCCUCUGAGUGGAGCUCUGGAGUCAAAACUACAGGACAUGGAGGAGGAGGAGAGGGAUAAAUAUUGCGAGGAACAGAAGACACAGAGUGUUCUGACCAAAAUAAUAAAGACCGGCUACGCAGCGUUACAGCUGGAAUACUUCUUCACUGCAGGACCAGAUGAGGUGCGAGCGUGGACCAUCAGGAAAGGUACCAAGGCUCCCCAAGCUGCAGGAAAGAUCCACACUGACUUUGAGAAAGGCUUCAUCAUGGCUGAGGUGAUGAAAUUCAGCGAUUUCAAAGAGGAGGGCACGGAAAGUGCAGUUAAGGCUGCUGGGAAGUAUAGACAGCAGGGCAGGAACUACAUCGUGGAGGAUGGCGACAUUAUCUUUUUCAAAUUCAACACACCGAAUGCACCUAAAAAGAAAUAAUGGGGCCACACAGUUACCAGGGGUGUAAUUCUGAGUCCAGUUCAGUCAGGCCCUGAAGAGCAGCAUUAUCUGAUGGUUUUCAUAACUUUUCUUUUGAAUUUAAAGGACUGAAUUGUAGCCUGAGUGGUCACAGACAACAAUCUCUAUGAAUUAUUACAAUAAAAUAACAUUAAAAUUUUCAAGCUAUUAAGUUAUUAAAACAUUGUUUCAUUGGAACUGAAGAAAAAAAUAAAACAAAACAAACGUAUGCAAACAUACAUUUUUACUUUAACAUUUAUUUCUUUGUUAUACACGAAACAGGCCUCUGAUGCUCUUUCCUUCAUUAUAUCUGAUCAUUUAAGCCACAAAGCGCAGAGACACUUAAGAGUAUUUCUUUAAGUGUUUUUAACCACAUGUAAUCUUUGAUUAGUUGACAUUCUUUCAGUUCUAAAACUUACUUAAUUUGUACUAUUAAGUAAAUUUCUGUUUUAGAUUUCAUCUCUUCAUUGCUUUUUAUUUUAUAAUAAUUACAGAAAAGUUAUAGCUUGAUAUUUAGAAAAAAAAUCUAAAAUAUUUUGUGUCCAAAAGCUUGUUGCUGAUGGUGUUUGCCAUGAGAAGAGAAUGAAAGCCAUCACUGUGUUUCAUUCAGGGCUGGAAUGUACUGUGCUAUAAGCUUGGAUGGAUGUUUUAUAAAAGAGCAAAGCAGGUCUUGCUGACCAUGCCUGAUCAAACCCCUGAACUGAAUUUGUGUUAUAUAAGCUGCUUUUAUUGACUUUGUUUGGGUUGGUUAAAAA